GAUCCACAGUAUUCAGGCGACGCCUUCGUGUGAGAUCGAUUCGUAAGGUCUGAUUAGGGCAGGAGUCGUAGCGCGCGAAAAAAAGCCGCGCUCGUGCCGCUACUGUGGUCAGAUCUGUGUGGAGGAUUAGAUUAGAUUUAUAUUUAUAUUAUUAUAUAUAUUAAUAUCAGGUCUCAGUCGUGCAGCUGAGUGAAAUGGGGAUUCACGGUCUUGCUAAGCUCAUCGCUGAUCACGCUCCUACAGCCAUCAAGGAGCAGGAUAUAAAAAAUUACUUCGGGCGCAAGAUUGCCAUCGACGCCUCCAUGUGCAUUUACCAGUUCCUGAUCGCCGUGAGGCAGGACGGCAACGUCCUACAGAACGAAGACGGAGAGACCACCAGCCACCUCAUGGGCAUGUUCUACAGGACCAUCCGAAUGCUGGACAGCGGCAUCAAACCCGUGUACGUGUUUGACGGGAAGCCUCCUCAGCUCAAGUCCGGAGAGUUGGAGAAGAGAGGAGAGCGGAGAGCAGAAGCUGAGAAGCUGCUAGCACAAGCGCAGGAACUGGGUGAGCAGGAGAACAUCGACAAGUUCAGCAAGCGUCUGGUGAAAGUCACGAGGCAGCACAACGACGAGUGUAAAAAACUGCUCACGUUGAUGGGAGUGCCGUAUAUCGAGGCUCCGUGCGAGGCCGAGGCCAGCUGUGCUGCUCUGGUGAAGGCGGGGAAAGUGUACGCCACGGCAACCGAAGAUAUGGACGGGUUGACGUUCGGAACCAACGUCCUGCUGAGGCACCUGACCGCCAGCGAAGCCAAGAAACUUCCCAUCCAGGAGUUUCAUUUCAGCCGCAUCCUGCAGGAGAUGAAUUUGACCCACCAGCAGUUUAUAGAUCUGUGUAUCCUGCUGGGGUGCGACUACUGCGGCACCAUCAAAGGAAUCGGACCCAAGAGAGCCAUCGACCUCAUCAGACUGCACGGCUCAAUCGAGGAAAUCCUCGACAACAUCGACCAAUCGAAACACCCCGCCCCAGAGGACUGGCUUUAUAAGGAGGCUCGCUCCCUGUUCCUGGACCCCGAGGUGGUGGACUGCUCCACUCUGGAACUCAAGUGGAACGAGCCUGAUGAGGAGGGCCUGGUCCAGUUUAUGUGCAACGAGAAGCAGUUCAGCGAGGAUCGGAUCCGGAACGGCUGCAAGAAAAUAACCAAGAGUCGCCAGGGAAGCACUCAAGGGAGACUGGAUACGUUCUUCUCCAUCACAGGAUCCAUCUCUUCUAAACGCAAGGAGCCUGAAGCCAAAGGAUCAGCCAAGAAGAAACCCAAGACGACACCAGGCAAGUUCAGGAAGGGCAAAUGAAAAAGAGCUGCAGUAGUGCGUGAUGAUGUUCUCCAAGCCUUCAUGUGCUGCUUCCUGUGGGCUCUUCAUAUUGAAAAGUCCCCUGGAAACGACACGAUGCUGAAAAAACAAUGUUUUCUGUUGGAAUUAAAUAAAGAAACUUUUCUAAACCACA